UGAAUCAUCGUUUCUGCUAAAUCCAUGAACUUAACCACGAAAGAGCAGACAAGAGAACAAAAUCUCGAUGGCAAAGUGCUUCAGCUUUGCAGCGACAUGUGACCGAUGGUUCCGCUUCUCCUUCUCCCGGGCGGGCCUGAAACCGACCACCACCGACCUCGGCGACGGCACGGUCGUGCACUGUUGGGUCCCCAAGACGUACAAACCCAACAAGCCCAACUUGCUCCUCUUGCACGGCCUCGGAGCCAACGCCAUGUGGCAGUGGAACGACUUCAUCCCGUCCUUCCUCGCCAGAUUCAACGUGUACGUGCCUGAUCUCCUGUUCUUCGGCGAAUCCUACACGACCCGGCCCGAGCGGACCGAGCAGUUCCAGGCUCAGUGCAUCGCAGGAGUCUUGGAGGCUCAGGGAGUGAGGAAACUGAACGUGGUAGGGUUAAGUUACGGCGGGUUCGUGGCGUACAGCUUGGCGGCGCAGUUCCCGGAGAUGGUGGAGAAGUUGGUUCUGUGCUGUGCAGGGGUGUGUAUGGAGGAGAAGGACAUGGAGGAUGGGACGUUUCCGGUGAAGAGCGUGGACGAGGCCCUGAGUUUUCUGAUACCGCAGACUCCGGAGAAGAUGAAGGAAAUGCUCGAGGUCGUCUUUUACAAGCCGGUGACGAGAAUGCCCACUUGCAUCAUGCAGGAUUUCAUUGAUGUUUUGUGGAAGGAGUACCUUCAAGAAAGGACAGAACUGGUCAAUGCCUUGUGCAAAGAUAGAAAGAUGUCUAAUCUUCCCAAAAUAACUCAGCGAACACUGAUAAUCUGGGGGGAAUAUGAUAAACUCUUUCCAUUGGAAUUGGGUCACAGAUUAAAGAGGCAUUUGGAUGAAAACGGGCAACUAGUAGUUGUGAAGGAUUGUGGUCAUGCAAUAAUUAAAGAAAACCCGAAAGAGAUGUACAAACACAUCAAGGCAUUCCUCGUCGAUCCACUCCUUUCUCCUAAAAAGGUAAAUCAAACCAGUGGCCAGAAGGUGGACUGAGAGUCGGCAAUGAAUUCUGCAGCUUGCUUGUCCAAAUGUUAUAUAUGCAAUUAUUUAAUCUGUGUGAUCAGAUGAAACGUGGUUCAAAAAAAUUGAAUUCAUGAAGAGUAAGGCUGAUAGUAUGAGGAGUAUUUCCUGGUUUCCUUGAGACAUUGCGUUACAGAUGAAUUUUUUGGGUUCAUCGUGAAUUUUGCCAGAUUAGUGGUGCAAUGUUUGCUUGUAGUGCUGUUUUCACGGUACACGAAGUAAAUUUAUGCCACUGUGAUGAACAUUGUCUCC